AACACAUCAUCAUAUGCGUGUUUCAUUCAUGUCUCAUUACCCUUUACAAGUUUGUGCACCUUUUUGAACUUUUCAGAAUCUUCAUUCUUGCACACAUUUAUCUUUUUCUCUCAGCAAUGUACGUUUCUAUACAGAUGGUCACAUUAGGUGAUAUGAAACCUGAUCCUGUACUAAGGCAUGAGGAUAAUAGGAAGAAACCUUGGGAAAAUGGACGGAACCACCACCCUGGUGCAAUUUCUGGUCGUCAGCUUGGAGAAGCUGCGCAUCGGUUGGUGGUUAAUAGUAUGCAGAAGAAAGAAGAUAGGGGUGGACGUAGUGAUUACAGGCGUGCAUAUAAUGGUCAGGGGCAUGAUGACUAUACGCAUGCCAGACCAGCGUCCUAUCCUGCUGCACGUGGUCCUCCCUUUCAAACCCAUAGAUACAAUGUUCAUGAGAACACACGGCCUAGUUUCAGCCAUUCUGCUCGAGAUGCUGGACGUCAACCCAGAUCUUCAGGUUCCUCGACUGUACGGCAUCACUACGACCAUAGCUAUAGCGAGUCUUAUGUCCCUGCUGCUGUGGCUUCUUACAGUAGGUCUCACCCUCACCACGAGAGUGGUGGGCGACCUGUCACCCACAGCAGAGAUUAUCGUACUCGUGGACAUCAUACUGAUGGAAUGCAGCAAAAUGGUGGAUACAGUUAUUCCUCGCAUGCCAGUCAUCCUCAGCAUGUGGACCAAGUACCAGUUCCACCAACUGCUAAUUUCCACCAGCAGAGUGGAUAUAGCACUUCUACGAGCUAUGAACCUUACGGGGAUGGAAACUAUAACCAACGUGGUGGUGGAUGGGCCCCUCAAACCAACCAAAAUGUUAGAGGAUAUCAUCAUCCACAUCCUUCAGGAAAUCAGUUCUCAGCUUUAGGGAGGGGAGGAAGUAGAAGGCCACCUUCUUCAGGGCAUAGUCGGUAGCGGGUUGUUUUUAGCCUGGACAAUCUAGGCUAAGCUCGUUUGCUGCCAUAGGAUGCGACGGAUCUUGCAAACGACUUCCUUACUUUCGGAAGCAGGUAGAAGAAAAUAGUUGUUGCUUGUCAAUGAUAAUUAUCUGCAGGCCACUUUCUGGUUCUUGUCAUAACGGUAAUGUGGUAAUAGUAGUUCUUUAGAUCUGUUUUUUUUCAUACUUUAUUGUAACACAGAUGUCAUUGAGCUUCAUAUAUUAGAGCAAACACAUUGUAUUAUUUGAAAGAUCAAUCUUGGAUGUAUAAAGAUGAAAUCUCUCAUCAAGUAGACUGCUUAAUCAGUGUUCCGAUCA